GUGCAUGUUGUCUCACGUUAUACCCAUCACCAGUGCAUGCUUCGGUCUCACGUUAUACCCAUCACCAGUGCAUGCUUCGGUCUCACGUUACACCCUUUCCCCUCUGACCUCUCAUCAAUCCAUCCCCCAACACCCGCUGAGAUACCCAACCGACACACCAAAAACCAAUAAUGCCGGGCCUCUCCAUCCUCAAUGCCCACCCGCCCCUCCUCGCCGGGCCGGCCCUGCUACACGACCUCGUGAGCUGGGACGACGCCGGCGCCCCCGCCCUCGACUUCCUCGGCCCCGAAGGCUCGGACGUGCGUCACAGCUAUACGUACGGCGAGCUGCAACGCUGCGUAGCCAGCCUAGCCGCAACCCUCCACGAAACCCUCAGAUCCUCCGGGCGAGGGGACCCGGACGGACCCCAGCUUAUCAUCCCCCUGCUGGUCCCGCAGUCCCCGGCACUCUACAUCGCGCAGCUAGCCGCCCUGCAGAUCGGCGCCGCAUUCUGCCCGAUCAAUCUCGACGCGCCUAAGGAGCGUAUCAAGUUCAUUGCCGGCGAUGUCAAGGCGGAACUUAUCAUUUCUACACGCGACAAUGACGAGGCCGUCACGUGGGAGGGGGGGCCUACACCCAUCUUAAUCGACGUCCACUUCCCCAUCCCCCCCUCCCUCGACCCCCUCGCCCCCCUCGCCCCCCCUCCCCUUCCCCCUUUCCCCGCGACUACUACCACUUCCUCCCUCGCCUAUGUCAUGUACACAUCCGGCUCGACCGGCCUCCCCAAAGGCGUCGGCGUCAGCCACCGCGCCGCCACGCAAUCCCUACUCGCGCACGAGGUUCUAAUACCGACAUUCUCCCGCUUCCUCCAGUUCGCCGCGCCCUCCUUCGACGUCUCCGUCUUCGAGAUCUUCUUCCCCCUCUUCCGCCGCUGCACGCUGAUUGCCUGCCACCGCGAGCGUCUCCUGAACGACCUCCCCGGCACCAUCAACGCCAUGGACGUCGACGGGUGUGAGUUGACUCCCACAGUGGUCGGAUCGCUGCUCUUGCGGCGCGCCAAUGUGCCGCGGUUGAAACUGCUGCUUACGAUUGGGGAGAUGCUCACAAGGCCCGUCGUUGACGAGUUCGGGUACGCGGAUGAUAAGGUGGGGAUGUUGUGUGGCAUGUACGGUCCCACGGAGGCGGCUAUCCAUUGCACGGCGUACACGAACAUGGCCGCUGGUUCCAAAGUCGGUAAUAUAGGCCGCCCCUUCUCCACCGUCUCCUGCUUCAUCGCCGCCAUCCCCUCCCCCACCGGCCCCUCCACCGGCUCCGCCCUGUCCAUCCUCCCUAUCGGCGAAGUGGGCGAGCUCGUUCUCGGCGGCACGCAACUAGCCGACGGGUAUCUGAACCGCGAGGAAGAAAACAAGGCCGCUUUCGUCACAUACAACGGAUCCCCCGCCUACCGCACGGGCGACAGGGGGCGGAUUCUUGAGGACGGGACGAUUGAGGUGAUGGGACGCAUUAGUGCGGGACAGGUCAAGUUGAGGGGGCAGCGCGUGGAGUUGGGGGAGAUUGAGGAGGUGGUGUAUAAGCACCCCGGGAUUGAGCUGGCGUUUGCGAGCGUGUUGGAGGGGAUGCUCAUCGUCUUCGCGCGCGCGGUAGGCGGGGAGACCGUCGAGGCCGAAGAAGUAAUGACGACGUGCGAGCAGUGGCUUCCACGGUAUAUGGUGCCGAGCGAAGUGGUCGUCAUGAGCGCGUUCCCGUACUUGCCGUCGGGGAAGAUUGAUAAGAAGAGAUCGGAAGCCGAGUACCUCCGCUCUCGCGCCGAGGACGGGGGUGAUGAAGCGGGAGUGGUUAGGGAGACGGAGAAGACGGUUGCGACGGCGCUCCAGACGCUGUUAAAGGCCCGAGUCAACCCGACGAAACGGCUUGCGACGUAUGGGUUGGAUUCCCUAACUGCCAUCCGACUAGCCUCCCAUCUCCGGAGCGCGAGACUGCGUAUCUCCCCCGUGGAAAUCCUAGAAGCGGAGACCCUGCGCGAGAUUGCGAGGGUUUGUGAGGAGCGCCUGGACCAACCCGAUGCGUCCUCCCAGCCCCCCGAGGUCUUUGAUUUCUCGGGGCUGGAGGGGCCGGUUAGGGAUGCACUGGCGGAGAUGAACGUCCAUGACCCCUUUGAAGAGGUGAUGCCCUGCACCCCGCUCCAGGAUGCGAUGCUACUCGAGACUAGUGUGGAUGCGGUGGCCUAUAAUAAUUUUAUCCAACUACGCAUCUCCGAGCCCCUGGACCCGCAACGGAUUGUCAGCGCGCUGAGGGAGUUGGCGCGCCAUAAUCCGCUGCUGAGAACGGGGUUUGUGGAGUGUGAGAGUGAGUGGAGCGCGUUUUCCCAGGUUGUGUGGCCGGGGUUGGGGGAGGGGCAGGUUGUUGUUGAGAUGGCUGGGGAUGGGGAGGACAAGGUGGAGGGGGGGAGGAGGGGGUUAGAGAUGGUGAGGCCUAUAAGGAUGAGAGUCACGCCGUUCGGGGACCACGCGGUGGUGAGGUGGGAUAUCCAUCAUGCGCUUUAUGACGGGUGGUCGCUGGAGUUGAUCAUUGGGGAUUUGGAGGGGAUUUUGUCUCCCCCAUCCUCCCCAUCCUCACCCGACGACACGAAGCCCACCUUGGCACCGCGCCCCCCCUUCCGCACCCUCGUCGAACACACGCUCCGCCUCGCCUCGAGAUCGAUGGAGAAGGAGAAGCAGUACUGGAAAGACCACCUCGCGCACUUCUCACCGAGGUCGUUGCCUUCUUUUCACGCCUCCUCCUCCGCGCCGCGCGGGUUGGAUAUCGUCGCCCACACAACCUCUAUCUCUACGUCUGCGCUGGAUAGAUCCGCGGCGUUAGCUGGCGCAAGUCCGCAAGCUAUGGUGCAAUCCGCGUAUGCGAUAGUGCUGUCGAGUUAUUUCGGGACGAAGGAUAUAUGCUUCGGCUCCGUCUUCUCAGGCCGAUCAGUGGAUGUAGAAGGGAUAGAGGAGAUCGCUGGGCCGUGUAUUGCGACGUUGCCGGUGAGGAUUGAUAUCGGGAGUGGCACGGUGGGGGGCGUGAUGGCGGAGAUGCAGAGGGUGGGGAGGAGGCAUAUGGAGAAUGAAGCUCUUGGACUUCGGGAGAUUCAGGGGCUGGUGGAGGGGGAGAGUGAGGGGGGGGUGUUUGAUACGUUGGUUAUUUGGCAGCAGAGCCUCGCCGACGGCGGGGGGGGGGGAAGAGAGUACAUCACCCCUGGCACUACUGCUGGGAGCGGGGAUGGCAAGGUGAGGUUCGAUGCUAGCUACCAGACUGCCAUCUUUGGGCGGGAAAUGAUCCAGCUGCUUCUGAGACAGGUUGAGGGUGCUCUAGAGGUGUUUAUACGGUAUGGGAUGGAGGCGGGUGUGGAGGGUGUUUUUUGGGGGUUGGAGGGGGAGGGGUGGAUGAGCGUUUGUGAGGGGAGUGGGGUGAGUCCCGCUCUUGCUAAUGGCGAGAAUGGCGAGGAAGUUGCAGCGAUGGGGGGGCCGAAGGUAAGGGGAAAUAGGAGAGCGAAUCGGAUUGGGAGGUUGGUUACCGGAAGGGACGUGGAGGUGAGUCUCCAGCAACCCAUCGCGGGUAAGGUCAGAGGCUACGUAGGCCGCGUCGGGCGGGGUAUCAGAAUCCUCGUCAUCGCACCUCAGUUAGAGGAGGACGUGGUGAUCCUCCCUCUCGGCGCGGAAGGCGAGUUGUGUAUCUCCUUCCAUGGGGUUGAGGAGGGGCUUGUCGAGGGGGGGAGGUUUGUGGACGAUCCUAUGCAUGGAAAACUCCUCCGCACGGGCGAUUUGGUAAGACUCCUACCUGGUGGUGAAGUGAUUUAUCGCGGACGGAAGGGGAAGGAAGUUUUGGCUAGGGGGCGGAGAGUUGAUGUGGGUGUUGUGGAGGGGGUUGUGCUUGAGAACCCCGCUGUUGGGGAUGGUUGUGCGACGGUGGUGGUGGGGGAGGCGAAACUAGUGGCGUUCUUUACCCCUAUCCAAGCGGAUGGUGGGGAGGGGGGCCUCGAAAUCUUGGAUGUGAAGCAAGAGGUGCUGGAGGGGAUUUACGCCCAUCUAGACGCCGCGGUUCCUUCUUACGCUGUGCCGGUUUCGAUCAUCCCCAUCUCUGCCCUCCCUAUCACGGCGGAGGGUGAUGUUGAUACCCCGACUCUCAAAAGCGCGUACGCGUCCCUCACCCCCACCCAGCUGGCGCAAUACGCCAACCCCUCCGCCUCGACAGCGGAGUACACCUGGACCCCUCUCGAGUCCCUAAUCCUCUUCGCUGUCACGGCAGUCGUAACCGCGGCGGCCAAAUCCCAAGAGAUGGUUGUGAAGCCGAAUACGCCCUUUGCGGCACUGGGGAUUGAUUCCAUCGCCGCCAUCGGUCUGGUGCGAAAACUCAAGCAGGGGGGUGUGAAGACGGAUGUCGGGGGGGUGCUGAGGUUUGGGAGUGUGAGGAGGCUGGCGGGGUGGGUUGAGGGGGAGAGGGAGAGGGAGCGGGCUAGGCAGGAAGAUGUGAAGGGGGGAGAUGAGGGGGAGAAAGAGGGUGGGGUGGAGGGAAUGCUGACGGCGGGGGAGAUUGUGUUUGAACCCGCGCUGGUGGAUGAGGUUCGUGAUGCUGUUAAGGAAAGGGGGUGGACGGUGGAGAGGGUGUUGCCGUGUACGCCGCUGCAGGAGGCCAUGCUUGCUGCUAGUGAGCUGGAUUCUGUCAGCGACUCUUCCGCCAGUACCUCCCCCACCAGAGACUUGUCGGCAAGCGAUAAAGGCGAAGAGGGCGCGUACGUCAACCGCGUCCUCCUCUCCCUCUCCGUCCCCAUCGAAGCCGUCGACUCCGCAUGGUCCGAGAUGGUGAAGCGCCAUGAGAUUCUCCGAACCUGUUUCGUGCGCGCCGAACACGCGCGGUACGCGUUUUGCCAAGUCGUACUUGCCGGCUUCACUCACGAAUCUAAAGUCGUUGAGGUCGCCGACGCUGCGGGGGUGGAAGACGUCAUGACCCGCGGAGUAAGCUGGCAGGUUGAUGGCGAGGCGGGGUGCAGGCCGCCGUAUGAGUUGACGUAUAUCCGCGUUGCGGGUAGGGGGGUGAAGUUGGUAUUGGCGAUGCAUCAUGCGCUUUAUGAUGGGUUCGCGAUGGGGGUUCUUUAUGAGGAGAUGGAGACGUAUUUGCGGAGGGGGGAACUGGGGGAGGCGGUGGGGCUGGCGCCGUUUUUGAGGUAUAUGACGAGUGUGAACGGGGAGAAGGCGGAUGCGCACUGGAGGGGGUUGUUGCAGAAUUUUCAGCCGGUGUCGUUCACACCAUCGUUGGAGAAGGAGGAAGAGGGGAGAGAGGUGAAGAAGGAGACGAAGGAAGAGGUACCGAGGCAAAACCACGUCCUCACCCUCCCCUCAUCCAUGAGUCUGUCAGAUAUCGAAUCCCACCUCGCCCACCACUCCGCCUCCCUCCUCUCAGUCUGCCAAACCGCCUGGGCCUCCCUCCUCGCCCACCGUUCUUCAACCACAGAUAUCUGCCUCGGCAGCGUGGUAAGCGGCCGUACCGUCCCUGUUGAGGGACUUAAUAGGCUUGUAGCGCCGUGUUUCAACACUAUCCCCUUUCGAUUGCGGAACCUGCAUAGAUUGAGCUACUUGGAAGCGUUUAGAGCGCUGCAGGAGCAGAAUGUGGAGGCGGUGGAGUGGCAGAUGACGGGGUUGCGGAGGGUGCAGAGCCUCGCCGGUAUUGAAGGGGGGCAGGGGUUGUUUGAUACUCUUAUCCUCGUCCAGACGCCGGAACGGGAGAUGGAUCCCGCAGUGUGGAAGGUGGAGGAGAAUAGGGGGGGUAUGGAUUUCCCGGUUGUGGUGGAGAUUGUACCCCGUCCUGGAGCUGGGGAGGGGGGGGUGUUGGAGGUUACGUUGCAUAUCCACGACCUUCCACUAGGGAAGGAGGAGGUGAGGAGGGUGUUGGAGAAGUUUGAUAGGUUUCUUAAGAUUGCGCUCACCGGACCGAGGGAGCAGAUUGUUCCUGCUGCUUGGAAGGGGGAGUGGGCUGUUACGACGCAGGAUAGACGAGAUGCGAAGGUCCGAACUGCUGAUGGUGGUGCUGCUGCUGCUGCUGAGGAGGAGGCGGAGUGGACCGACAUCGAAGUGGUAGUCAGAGGUGUGAUAGCAGCGUUCACGACGGUGCCGGAGAAGGAGAUUGGAAGGGGGACGAGCAUUUAUCGGUUGGGGCUUGAUAGUAUAAAUGCUGUACAGGUGGCGACGGCAUUGAGGGGAAAAGGGUAUACAGUUGUCGCGAGCGAGGUGUUGAUGCACCCCUCUGUGCGGGAGUUGUCGGGGUGGAUUGCGGGGAAGAGCACUUCUUCUGCUAGCGCUGUGACGGGUGGUGAGGUGGGGGAGUAUGAUUUCAAAGCCUUCUCGGACCGCCACCGCGCCACUAUUAUCAAAGAACUUAGCCGGCUAGGGGUAGAUUGCGAGGUAGAGGGCGUGUAUCCCUGUACGCCAGUGCAAAACGGGAUGUUGGCACAGACGAUGCAUAGCUCGGGAGUGGAGUAUGUGAACUCGUACACCUUACAGCUUGGCCCGGAUGUUGAGCUGGACAGGGUGAGAGAGGCGUGGGGUGUGGUGGUGAAGGCUUGUCCGACGCUUAGGGCGGGGUUUGUGGGGACGGAUAAGGGGUUUGCUGUUGUCGUUUAUGAGGCUGCGAGGGUAGAGGUGCCGUGGGUUGAUGGGAGAGGGGAGGAAGGGACAGGAGGGAUGGGGCUAAGUGAGUUGGCGCGGAGGCCGUGGUGGUUGGAGGUCCUCAGGGAGGAAGGGGAGGUGUGUGUCAAGUUCACGGCGCACCAUGCGUUGUAUGAUGCCCAGUCUUUGCAUCGGAUUUUUGAAGAUGUUCAGGCUGUGUAUUCUCACGGCAUCUCGCCAAGCUAUCCAUCAUUUCUUCCACUUCUCGGCGCGAUCCUCAACGCCAACUCUCCCGCCGACGAGGAAAGGCGGAAGGCGUUUUGGAUGGAGCAGAACCUCAAACUCCACCGGUUCCCGGACUUGACGCCGCUGAGGGUGGCGAGCACGAGGAGUGUCGUGAGUAAGAUUACGUCGAAGAUGACCCUUGAGGAGAUUGAAGAGAGGUGUAGAGAGGGGGGUUGGAGUGUCCAAGCUGUCGGACAGGCGGUUUGGGCGAGGCUUUUGGGGGGGUAUGUUGGGGAGGAGAGGGUGGCGUUUGGGGUCGUCCUUAGUGGACGGGGGGUUGCUGGUGGGGAGGGGGGGAUUGCGAGGGUGGCGGAGUGGCAGUUCACGCCGCUUGUGGAUGUGCAGAGGUGGACGGGGAAUACGGGGGGAUUGUUUGAUACGCUUUUUGCUUAUCAGAAGUCCGCGAGUAGUGACGACAGGGAGGGUGAGGGGAAGGUAAGUGGCGACGAGGUGUGGAAAAUCGUGGAGGAGGACGCAGAAGCCGAUUUCGCGGUCUCGAUUGAGAUGUUACCCGAGGGUGAGGAGAUGGUCCUCCAGCUUACGGCUAAGGAGGGUUUGGUGCCGAGGGAACAGGCGGAGUUGAUGGUGAGGCAGUUUGAUGCGCUUUUGGUGGAUAUGUUGACUCCCGGGGCGGGUGGACUUGAUGAGAAUAUCCUGUCUAUUGCCCCGCCUGAGCACCCGACGCUAUCGGAUUCCGAGGAGGGGGAUAUGCUACUCCAUGGUUUCGUGGAGAGGCAGGCUCGCCUGACGCCCGAGAAGAUAGCGCUGGAGUUCACCACGAGUCUUGGGGCUGGAGAGGGCAACACGGCGGCGUGGACGUACGCACAGCUUGACAAGGAGGCUAAUCGCAUCGCAAGACUUGUGCAGAACCUCGGUGCUGAGCAAGGGCAGCUGAUUGCGAUUUGCUUCGACAAGUGCCCUGAAGCGUCCUUCUCGACCGUGGGUAUCAUGAAGGCCGGGAGCGCGUAUGUAGCGCUUGACCCCGGCGCACCAGCCGAUCGGGUGAAGUUCAUCAUGCAGGAUUCUUGGGCGACGGUUGUGCUGACCGCUGGGAAGCCCGCGGAGAGCAUGAAAGAGGCUUUUGAGGGCAGCGAGAUCCAGGUUGUUGACCUGGGCACCACGGAGCUGCUGGAGGGGUGCAGUACUGAUGCACCAGUACUGUCCCGCCCGAUCGAUCCACAGGAUACGUCGUACUGCCUCUACACCUCCGGCACGACCGGGACGCCGAAAGGGUGCGAACUCACCCACGAAAACGCCGUACAGGCCAUGUACGCUUUCCAGCACCUCUUCGCCGGACACUGGACGCCCGAGUCAAAGUGGCUCCAGUUCGCGAGUUUCCACUUCGACGUCUCUGUGCUUGAGCAAUUCUGGAGCUGGAGCGUGGGGAUCUGCGUCGCUUCCGCGCCGAGGGAUUUGAUAUUCGAGGAUAUUCCCCGUGCCAUCCGCGCCCUGGGGAUCACGCAUCUUGAUCUCACGCCCAGUCUGGCUAGGCUGCUGCAUCCGGAUGAGGUGCCGAAAUUGUGUAAGGGGGUUUUCAUCACGGGCGGGGAGCAGUUGAGACAGGAUAUCCUCGAUGUGUGGGGGGAGAAGGCGUGUAUCUAUAACGGGUAUGGACCGACCGAGGCCACGAUCGGGGUGACGAUGUAUCCGCGCGUGCCGAAGAACGGGAAGCCCGCGAAUAUAGGACCGCAGUUCCUCAACGUCGGGUCCUUCGUCCUCAAACCCGGCACGAGCGAGCCGGUGCUGCGCGGGGCGGUGGGGGAGCUCUGCGUGAGUGGCAAGUUGGUGGGGAAGGGGUAUUUGAACCGUCCAGAGCUCACGGCGGAGCGAUUCCCCUAUCUGGAGGCGCUGGGGGAGAGGAUUUAUAGGACGGGCGAUCUGGUGAGGAUUUGUCAUGAUGGGAGUUUCCUCUUCCUCGGCCGGGCGGAUGAUCAGGUGAAGCUACGCGGGCAGAGGCUGGAGCUGACGGAGAUUACGGAGGUGAUUAAGCGCGGGGUGGAGGGUGUAGGGGAGGUGGUUACGCUGGUGCUGAAGCAUAGUGCGCAGCUUAAGGAGCAGCUUGUUGCGUUUUUCGUCCCGGCUGCACGGGUCGAGGAGCCGGUGGAGCUGAUCGGAGCGAUUCGCGAUGCUUGCACAAGCCGGUUGCCGGGGUAUAUGGUCCCUACCCAUUUUGUGCCGUUGGAGGCGUUGCCGCUGUCGCCGAGUAAUAAGGCAGAUGGGAAGGCGCUGGCGCGGAUGUAUGAUGAUCUCUCCACCGAGGACUUGCAACGUCUCAGCGCCGCCGGCCAGGAGGGACGGCAAUGGACGGGGGCUGAAAAGGAGGUUUUGGUGGUGUUGGCGGAGUGUAUGGGGGUGGAGGUUGCGGAGUUGAAGAGUGGAACGAAUAUCUUUGAGCUGGGCUUUGAUUCGAUCUCGCUCAUUGGGUUGGCGCAGCGGCUGCAGCACGCUGGGUAUUCAGGGGCGAAGGCGGCGGUUGUGGUGAGGAAUUCGGGGGUGGAGGCACUGGUGGGGCUGUUGGUUGGGGAUGAUGAGCAGGGUGCGGGGAGUGGGGAGAUCGUGGCGGCACAGCAGAGGAUUAUGGCGUUCAUGCAGAGGAAUAUACUUGGUGCGGCGGAGGAGAUGGGGGUCGAUCCCGAGGAGGUGGAGGCGUUGGCGCCUUGUACAGCGGCGCAGGCGGGGAUGAUCUACAGGUUCUUGGAUAGUGAGGGGAGCUUGUAUUUCAUGCGCUUUGCAUUUGAGCUUGCGGGAGAGGUGGAUGUGGAGAAGUUGCGCGAGGCGUGGGGGAGGGUUGUGAGCGGGUUGGAGGUGUUGAGGAUGGGGUUCGUUUUUACACGCGACGGAUGCGCGCAGGUUGUUUUGAAGGAGCGGGAGGUUCCUUGGGGUGUUGAGACAGAGUUUGUGGGGAUGGAGAAGGGGGAGGCGCUGGCGAGGCCGUGGAGGGUUGGUGUUACUGAACAGGAGGGGAAGAGGGUGAUGAGGUUGGAGAUCUUCCAUGGGCUUUAUGAUGGGGCUAGUCUCCCGCUUCUCCUCAGGAAGGUGGAAGAGGAGUAUAAGGGCGUGGAGGGGAUCGACUAUGGUCCUUCAUUCAUGAGUUCCUUACCUCAUGGACCGCUCGCUACUUCUGAAGGUACGGAGGCCUUCUGGAAGGGGGCGCUGGAGACGGCGGAGUUUACACCCUUGCCGCUCCUUGAGAACUCUCAGGAGGGUGAUGUGAGUGCCUCGCGCCGUGUGCAGGGUCUGGAACACUUGGAGGCGCUGAGGCAGUCGCUGGGGGUGACGUACCAGGCUAUCCUGCAGGCGGCGUGGAUCUCUGCAUUCCGUGCUCAGUUUCCCGCUGAAGCGGCGCCGAGCUUUGGGAAUAUCAUCUCGGGGCGCGCGAUUGAUUUCAGUGGUGCGGAGAACGUGGUUGGACCGUUCCUUAAUACCCUCGUCUUCCAUGUCGACGUCAAGGAGGGGAUGAGCUGGAAGGAAUUGAUCCAGGCGUGUCAUGCGUACAAUGUUGGUGCUAUGCCGUUCCAGCACUCGCCGUUGAAGGAUGUGCAGAGGUGGUGUGGUGAGAGCGGACGGGAGUUGUUCGAUACCCUCUUUGUGUUUCAGCGUGAGGAGGAGGGGGGAGAGGAGGGGCUGUGGAGGGAGCUGGAGGGCGAGGCGGUGGCGGAUUAUCCGAUGGCGUUUGAGGCUACGUUGAUGGGUGAGGGGGAUGUGAGGAUUGCGCUUGUUGGGCAGGGUGGGUUUGUCAACGAGGAGGUUGCGGGGGUGUUGCUGGGGAGGGUUGAGAGUGCGCUUGCUGCGUUGAAGGAGCCGGUGGGGGAGAUUCCUGGUGUUGAGGGAUCGGUGAGGGGGGGUCGGCUGGCGAAGAGAGGUGGAGAGAGUCAGGCGCCGGAUACUACGACUUCUGACAUGGACUUUGAGUGGACGCCCACGGCGAGUGUGAUUCGUACGCAGAUCUCGGAGUUGAGUAAGGUGGAGGAGGGGGGUAUCGCGGCGACUACGACGCUCUUCUCACUGGGGCUGGAUAGUAUCGAUGUCAUCAAGCUUGCGUCGCGGCUGAAGAAGGCGGGAGUUAAGAUCUCCGUCAGUGCGAUUGUGAAGAGCCAGACUGUUGCGAAGAUGAUGGGAUGUAUACAGCUUGAGCAAGGGCCAGUGGAGGUGAAGACGAGUAUCGAUGAACUUGAACGCCGGUUGAGGGAGUCGUUGCCAAAUAAGGAGGUGGAAGGGGCGACUGCGGUGCUACCGGCGACGCCGUUGCAGGAGGGGAUGGUUGCGGAGAUGGUGGCUUCGGGGUUUAGGAAGUACUUCAACCAUGAGCUCUAUCGCGUUAAGGGGGGUGUUGAUAUGGACGGGUUGAAGAAGGCGUGGGAGACCGUGGUGGCGGAGUUUGAUAUACUGCGCACUUCGUUUGUGGGGGUGGAGGAUGUGGAGAUUGAUGUUGGCUUUGCGCAGGUCGUGCAUCCUGUGUCUACCAGCAGCAUCUGGCGCACCGCUGAGUUUGCGGAGGAAGCGGAUCUUGGAGUGGAGACAAAGCUGCUUAUUGAGGGGGCGGUUGAGGCGGCGAAGAAAGGGAGUCUGCUGCAGCUUGUCGAUAUCACGCAUGGAGGGGAGAGAUACUACCUCCUCUCCAUCUCCCACGCGCUGUACGACGGGUGGUCUCUCCAAGCCCUCCACGCCAAUGUGCAGAAAGCGUAUAACGGCCAAGAACUCGCCAAUCCGAGCGUGCGGCUGCCACUGGAGCAGCUACUCAAUGCUAAUGGACCAGAUGCCACGAAGUACUGGCGCACUGCGCUGAGCGGCCUGCCCAAGUCGGAGUUCCCGCUCCAUAACGAGACAUCGGAAGGCGUUAACCGCUUUGAAUUCGCGUCUUCGAUACCAUUGGAUGAUAUCAAUGCCUUCUGUAGAGGGAACAACAUCAGUCUCCAGACUCUGGGGCAGACGGCAUGGGCUAUCCUUCUCGCGAGCUGCCUGAAGCGCCUCGACGUCUCUUUUGGAGUCGUACUGUCAUGCAGAGACACAGAGGAGACGAGCGAGCUCAUAUUCCCGCUCAUGAACACUGUCGUCGUGCGCGUAGUGGUCCACGGCGAUCGCAAGGUGAUGCUGCAGUAUAUGCAAGAAAGCAGCAACGCCAUGCGCGCCUACCAGCAGUUCCCAUUACGGAAGGCGCAGGCCCUCUCUGGGAGACAGGGGGGUGCGCUAUUCGAUACGCUGUUCAUCUAUCAGGGCAAAGCGCAGGAGGCUACUGGCGAGGUGCUGGCAGAGGCGGUGGAGAGUCGGGCGGAGGUGGAGUUUAAAGUCUGUGUGGAGAUGGAAGUUGUUGGCGGGGAGUUGGUGUGGAGGAUUGCGUGCCGGGAGGCCGCGAGGACGGUGGGGGAGACGGAGGAGUUGUUGAGGGAUCUUGAUGCGUUGAUGGGGAGGAUUGUGGGGGAUGUGGAGGCGGAGGUUAUUGUUGCUACUCAAGGACAGGUGGCGCUGUGUGGGCUUGAGCCGUUUGUGGAUGAGUCGUCCAUGGCGCAGGUGAAUGGUGUUGCGAAGGCGCCGAAGAGGAAGGAGGGGGUGUGGAGUGCGACGGAGCUUGCUAUUCGGGCUGUCUUGUCGCGGGUCUCGAAGACGCCGGAGGGGGAGAUUGAGAAGGAUCAGAGUAUCUUCCAUCUUGGGCUUGACUCGAUUAGUGCGAUUAAGGUGUCGUCGCUGUUGAGGAGGCGGGAUGUCAGGAUUACUGUUGGUGAGAUUAUGAAGAACAGCAGUAUUCAGGAGAUGGGUGCUUUAUUAGCGGAGAGGGUCGAUACUGUGGCCGAGACGCAGACGAGGGAUGUUGAUGCCGUUAUUGCUGAGUCGGUCAAAGAUAUUGACAGGACGGCGCUGGCGAGGGAUGUCGGCGUCGCUGAGGAAGAUGUCGAGGAUAUCAUGCCUGUAUCAGCCGGACAACUAUAUAUGCUCGCGCGCUGGGAACAGACUUGGGGGGCGCAGUUCGAGGCGAACUUCCAGUAUAAACUCGAUGGUGCGGUUGAUCAGGAGAGGUUGGAGAGGGCAUGGGAGGCGCUUACGAGGCGACAUACUAUCCUACGGACGGUGUUUGCGUUUGUGGAGGACGACGGGGUGAGAGCUGUGCAGGUCGUCUUGAAAGAAAAGAGGAACCCGGUCAAGUAUGGCAAGUCUUCUGAGACGCCGGUGUCACUGUUGGGCCCGGUGUUCCUCGUUGUUGAAGAAGUGGAGGGGCAAAAGAUAAUCAGUCUCCGUCUACUCCACGCGCUCUACGAUGGGAUAAGUCUCCAGCUCCUCAUCCGCGAUCUCGAGACGCUGUAUUCCAACCCUGACUCCGCGCUUCCAUCUCCGCUAAGCUUCAAGGAGUUCAUAGCCCGCGACCUGGACGAGGAGUCACGACAGGCACAGAAGACGUUUUGGGCAUCCUACCUCCCGCGCACCGAGCUGGCAAGUGUUCCGGAGACGUCGGAUCCGACACACAGGGUGGAGAUCUUCAAGCCUAGUGUUCCUAUUGGGGAUAUUACUUCUGCGGCGAGGAAGGCGGGUGUGACUGUUGAUGCGCUUCUUAUGGCUGCCUUUGCAAGAGCGUAUGAGGUUACGAAACGGACCGAAAGUGAUGACACGGUCAUCGGACUCUACCUCGCCAAUCGGUCUGCUACGACUGAUUUAUCGGAGCUGGUGGCGCCGACGCUUAACUUGGUGCCUUUGAGAAUCCAAUCCGCUCAGGGGGGGCUUGAAGACGUUGCCUCAGGGGUGCAGAAAGACCUCCAGAAGCUGAGCGAGGUGGGGAAUGUAGGUGCAAGCUUGGCGGAUGUGUAUCGCUGGACGGGGAGGAGCCUUGGCGUGUUUGUUAAUGUGCUUAAGACCACUUCUCCCUCCUCCUCCUCCAGCGAGGGUGGGGACGAGAAAGCAAACGAACUAUUCGCACAGAGUCUGAGCGAGGUGGAUAUGCUGCGGCCCAGGGCAGAAGUCAUCGACGUCAUCCCUAACCCAGCCGCACUGGCUGCGUUUUCGAAGAAAGAAGAGUUGAGGGGAGCGUAUUUGGCUUCGGUAGAUAUUGAGCUACGUCUUGUGGAUGGCGGGAGAGGGAUAGAUGUUGGCCUUUUUGCGCCGGAGGGAGUUCUUGGGCUGCGGGAGGGGGAGGGGUUGGUUGAGGCUUUGGGGGAGGUUUUGAGGGGGUUGUAGAUGGGGUGUUGGGACAAGGAGUCGGGGAGAUCUGGGUUGGGGAGAUGGCGUCAGCUGGCUGGUGUGCUUCCUCUUGCCCUUUUUGUUGUUUCUUGUUCAUUUUUUUGGAGUUAUUCGACUCGCUGUUUAUGCAUGAUAUUUACUGUACAUGAGGGUUGAUUUUGUGAACGCUACAUAUUUUGGUUUGCGGGUAUAUAGGAAUUUUCAGGUUUCAUUGUUCACACAUGCGUCGACAUUUGUUUAAGAGGAAAGGAUC